AUGAGCGCAGAUAUUCUUCACAAUCUCCGAAGACAAAAUCCUGAACUGAAUGUUCAGAUCACACCAGAUGUACAAAAUCAAACCUUGAUUUUGUUGGAGGAUCUUUGUAUGACGAUGGCCGGGAAACACAUUAACCAAUACAGUCUUCCUUCUCCUAUCAGAGAUCAGUCGAAUUCGUUGCGUACUGAAAUUUUGCAAGAACUAUCGUAUGAUCGUGUCCAGUUGCACGCGUUCGUUGCUGAAAAAGAACCUCUGCUUGAAGCUAUCCAAAAGGCAGCAUACAAGGAGGUUCUUCGGAGGGUUGAAAAUCAAGACGGCAUUAUUUUGUUGUUGGAUGCGCCUGGUGGAACAUACGUGAUAAACCUUCUUCUAGCAAAGCUUCGCUCGCAGUCGAGCAUUACCUUGGCUGUUGCUUCAUCUGGAAUUGCAGCGACCCUAUUACACGGAGGUCGUACAGCCCAUUCCGCAUUCAAGCUGCCUUUACAACUGGCACAUUGCGAUACGGUACCAUCAUGCAAUAUUGCUAAAGGAUCCGGUUUGUCGCAACUGCUACAGGAGUGUAAGCUGAUUGUGUGGGAUGAGUGUACUAUGGCUCAAAAACAUGCACUGGAAGCCCUGGAUUUGACUCUUCGAGAUCUCAAGUCAAAUGAUCAAGUGAUGGGUGGAACUGUAGUGCUGUUGGCUGGAGACUUCCGGCAAACAUUACCAGUCAUCCCCAAGUCCACACCUGCUGACGAACUCAACGCUUGCCUCAAGGCCUCUCACCUGUGGAGAAAUGUGCGGAAACUUGCGCUUACUAAAAACAUGAGAGUGCAUGUAUUGGGUGACGAAUGUGCGGAACUGUUUUCUGAGCAACUUCUCGCUCUCGGCGAUGGAAAAAUAUCCGCAGAUACCAGUGAUGGACGAAUAUCCUUUCCAUCCAAUUUUUGUUGCAUGGUAGAUUCCCAGUUAGCACUGCAAACGAAGGUCUUCCCCGAUAUUCAACUCAACUUCACAAACACGCAGUGGCUGUUUUCAGGAUUCUGUUUUCAGGAUCAACAAACGAAUGUUGGGUUACUUCCUGGUGAGGUAAAGAGUAACAAAGCUAUAGACACUGUAGAUGAUCCAACGGAAGCCAUUCACUAUCCUAUCGAAUUUCUGAAUUCACUACAGCCAUCCGGAAUUCCACCGUUUAAUUAA